GCAGCCGAAUAGCGAAAUAAACAAUUAAUACACCAUUCAUCGAUUUGCAACCGACACCAAUUGUUGUAAGUGCGCUGCAACGAUUCAACCAUUGCAACCAAAAAUAAAAUACAAGAAACACUUAUGCACUUGUGCUCAGUUUGCUACGCUCGCUGAGUUUUAUGCUAAAAGAGCGCACCAAAAUAGCGUGAAAUCGUUGUGAAUAAAAUCGCAAAAAACCAUUUCUCCACCAGUCGCUGCUGCCGGUAGUGUCAACGGUAUUCGUUGUUAUUGCUGCUACACACGAGUGUCAAACAGAAGUGACGAGUUCGAAUACUCAUUUUAUUUAGUCAACGAUUUUUCACAAUUUAGUGGUGUAUAUUAGGCCCAGCCGCCUGAUACAUCGCUCAGUCAAUUCCGCAAAGUCCAACGGGUAACAACGAAGUGUACGCCAACAACUGCUCACUUGCCAAACUGUGGCCACCGCUGUCUUCGCUUUCGCUUAAAUGAACAGGCAACGCGUCGCUGAAACGUAGGAAAAAGAAAAUCACAUAAAAACACUGCCAAUGUUAGCAAGUAGCGGGUGUACAAUAUAAAAUAUUUAUACAUUUUCACAAAAUUCUAUACAAAGUAGUAAUACAAAUACGACAGCCAGUCAUUACAAAUACAAGGACAUUAUACAAUUUUUGAAGUGCGCAGUGCUAUUUAUGAAAGUUAUUUAAUUUUAAAAAUUAAAAAAAAAUAUAUAUUAACAAUAUUGUAAAGCGCCAGCAUUUUUGCGCAUUAAACGUGCCGUUGUGAAGGUAGUCACUGCCAAAGCAAAUAUAAUAAAUUUAAGCAAAAUUCAUUUUACGUGCAAAACCAAAUCCAAAGUCAAAUAUAAACACGUGAAAACUUAAGCCCACAAGCAGGUAUUACAAAUUAUAACGGCGUACUUAUGUGAUAACAUUUUUUAGGAUUACAAAAGUAAACAGUGCUUUUUAUUGAAGCUGUUAAUUAAUAAAGCCAGUGGAGCCUAUCAACCUCGCGCAUGCAGACAUUGCGAAUAAUUAUAAAUUAUAUAUAAUUUUAAAUCCAGUUGUGUGAAACAGUUAAAUAAAAGCGCUUUAAGGUCAUUAGUUACCCCAGUCCAGUUAUAUAAAAGUGUUAAGCAAGGCAGCGUACUCACCAAAGACUCGUACAAUAUGGAGAUGCGUUCGAAACUGGGCAGCUUUGAGCUGAAAGAUUGCAGUGCCGAAAGCGCCGCUGAGCGUUUACUUUCAAUUAUACAUACAGAGCCCGUUAAGGUAAAUCGUAAACAUGGGGCCAUUUCAUUUUCAGAAGCUUUAUCACUUACCGGUUUCGGUAAAUUCAAUUACUUCCUCAUCUUCACCUCUGGCAUGGUUUUGGCCAAUGUGUUAUUGGAGACGGCAGCUAUGGGUUUUAUUUUGCCAAUUGCACAAUGUGACUUAAAUCUAACCAAUCAGGAUAAGGGCGUCUUGAGUGCCAUUAGUUUCGCUGGUAUCAUAACAAGUUCGCAUCUGUGGGGCUUUUUGGCCGACACAAAGGGACGCAGACGCGUUAUUAGGCCGACAUUGUUGGCUGGCUUUAUUGUCACACUAUUCUCGAGUUUUUCGCACACAUUUUGGGUGAUGGUGUUGCUGCGGUUCAUCAAUGGUUUUUUCGUUUCUGGCGGUUCGGCUACAAUUUAUGCCUACCUCGGCGAGUUCCACACAGAUAAGACACGCUCGCGCGCGAUGAUGGGCUCCUCAUUUAUCUUUGCGAUCGGCGCGAUGAUCUUGCCAAUGAUUGCCUUCCUUGUCAUCAAUCAAGACUGGGUCUUGCCCUUGCCUUUCUUGGGCAUUGAUUAUAAGCCUUGGCGUUUCUUUUUAAUCGUUUGCGGCAUACCCGGCAUGCUUUGUGGUCUAUGCAUGUUCGCUUUGCCCGAAAGUCCGAAAUUCCUCUUGGCCCACGGCAGAGAGGCGAAAGCCAUUGAGGUCUUGCAAAAGAUGCAACGUUGGAACGGUGGCACUCAGGAUCUAAAAUUAAAACACAUCCUACCGGAGGAGGAGACACCCGGCUCUAUGAUGCAGCUGAACAAUCAAUCGGCUUCGAAGGAGAAUUUUGCCACCGCCUUUCUGAAGAGCAUGUGGAACCAAACGGUGCCAUUAUUCCACAAACAAUACAUACGCAUCACAUUGAUCGUUUGCAAUAUGCAAUUCUGGUUGUAUGUGGUGACCAACGGCAUGUACAUGUGGUUCCCGCACAUCAUCAACUCCAUGGUCGAGUUCAUGAACGGCCAUCCAGGCGAACACAAACAGAUCUGUCAAAUUGUCUACGACAAACAUGAGAGCUUAUAUAAGUCUGAUGGUACAAUGGAAUGCGUUGCUAAAUUGGAGAACACAACAUAUUUUUACUCAUUAAUCAUGGAGAUCUUGUACGCUUCCUCGUUUGCCUUUAUUGGCUUGGUAAUCAACCGAGUCGGCAAGAUAACCAUACUUUUUGUUUCAACUAUUUUCUUCACCUCUUGUGGCCUUGCUGCAGUGUUUGUGGUCGAUCCAUCGAUUGCGGCGUAUCUGUAUGUGCUCUUCUUUUUGGUAGGCGUGGCAAUAAAUGUUUUGGGCGCUGCCACAGUUGAGCUUUAUCCCACACAAAUGCGUGCCAUGGCGAUAUGCGUCUCGCUGAUGUUCGGUCGCUUGGGCAGUGUUGUGGGCGCUAAUAUUGUGGGUGCGAUACUGGCUAAAAACUGCGAACUGACUUUCUACACCGCUUGUAUUGCCUUGUACGUCUGCGCCUUCCUGGCUCUACUGAUACCGCGCAGAACUUUGGCGCCCCCCGCCAAGCCCGUUUUGGAUGAGGCAUAAAUGUGCGAAGGCAUGCGUCAAUUCUUAUUCUAAAUUGCGGCUUAAAUGCGGAUAGCAUACUUAACUUCGCAACUACUAUUAGGGAUGGAUGAAAUGCUGUUAUAAUAAAUUGUGAUUCUAUGUGUGCGUGAGUGUUUGUGUGAGUGAAUAUUUAAUUAGUAUUUUGUAUGAAAGUGUUUUUAUUUUAUUUGGUUUUUAAUUUUAUGGUGCUUAUUGAGAUGCGUGUGGAAUGUGUGUUUUUAGGUAAAAUAUAUUGAAUGAAACUACAAAUAAAGCAAAAAAUUUAAUAAACUAAAA